CGUCGGUGCGUGAGUCCGGCCCCCGUGAGCUCCGGAGCGGCCCGUGAGUUCACACCCGGCUUCUCUUCAGCCUUGGACUGAGCGCCGCCAUCGCCGUCAUGCUCGGCGCCGCUCUCCGCCGUUGCGCUGUAGCCGCAGCCGCAGCCGCCCGUGCCAGCCCUCGAGGCCUCCAGUACUCAAGCCCGGUCCCCGGCCCCGCCGCCGCUGUCCAGUCUCUUCGCUACUACUCCCAUGGGUCACAUGAGACAGAUGAGGAGUUUGAUGCUCGCUGGGUGACGUACUUUAACAAGCCAGAUAUUGAUGCCUGGGAAUUGCGUAAAGGGAUGAACACACUCGUUGGCUAUGAUCUGGUUCCAGAACCCAAAAUCAUUGAUGCUGCUUUACGGGCAUGCAGACGGUUAAAUGAUUUUGCUAGUGCAGUUCGCAUCCUAGAGGUUGUUAAGGACAAAGCAGGACCUCUGGAAAUCUACCCCUAUGUCAUCCAAGAACUUAGACCAACUUUAGAUGAACUGGGAAUCUCCACUCCAGAGGAACUGGGCCUUGACAAAGUGUAAACCCAUGGAUGGGCUUCUCAAGGAUUUAUUCAUAAUGCUACUUGAUUGUAAACAAUCACCUGGAAAUACUGAUGAUAACAUAUUACCUUAUUUGAACAAGUUUUCCUUUAUUGAGUACCAAACCAUGUAAUGGUAACUUGGACUUUAAUAAAAGGGAAAUGAGUUUGAACUGAAAAAAAAAAAAAAAAAAA